AUGUCGUUACUACUUAUAGCAACUAUUUUGACACUAUACAGUAGAUUCACACCCGGGCCACUGCCAUUUAACGUGUCACGUGAUAGUAGAUGGUUCACCACACAACCAUCACCAAUCACACCAUCAACGUGCCAACCAGCAGAGAAUAUGGUCUUUAUAAAAACUCAUAAAACAGGAAGCACUUCACUUCAUUGCAUCUUUUGUCGCUACGGAUAUGCAAAUAAACUCUCAUUCGUGUUUUCCACGCGCAAUACAAAAGACGGACAUAUACGAAAAGAGCAUCUCAAUCAGUCGAUAAUACUGCCACCGAUUGGUGGCUUUGUUAAUUCAUCUUCAAAAUACAAUAUACUUACUGGUCAUGUGUCGUACAAGAGGAAAACAAUAAACUCAUUCAUGGAGGACAACCCUAUUUAUGUGACUAUUUUAAGAGAGCCAGCCACGCACGUAGAGUCACAUAUGAAUUUUUUCAGUCAAAGAAAACAAGUAAUGGCGUCCAUGCAAGCAUUCCUUAAAAAGCCACGUACCUCAAAAAAUGAGGCGGGUAGAAAUAAUCAGUUGAGAGAAUUUGGAUUGUCAUUUGAAUCAACACUCAAUGAAAGGAUUGUAAAUGAAACCAUUAUGACACUGGACAAAGAAUUCGACCUAGUUCUUAUACUUGAAUACUUCGACGAAUCUCUGAUUCUGUUGAAACAUUUGCUGUGCUGGAGUUUUGAAGACAUAAUAUAUUUAGCACAAAAUCAACGUACCACACGUGAAACCAUCACAGACACAUUUCGACACAACGUAUAUAGGUGGUCAAAUGCAGAUUAUCUCUUUUACAAUUAUUUCAACAGAACAUUGUGGGAAAAAAUUCGACAAUUUGGACCACGUUUUGAAAUCGAAUUGGCACACUUUCGGGAUCUUUUGAAAGAACAUAGCAAACAAAUGGCACUAUAA